CAUGCACUUUGGUGACUGCACUCUGGCUGACUGCACUCUGUGUCACAGCACCAUUCCAACACUUGAAUGGUUUGUAGAGCUCCAAGUUAUUGACUCACUGUUAAAGUCAUUAACACUUGCUGUAAAGUUUUCAGCAUCAACAUGUCAACUACUGAGUGUUCUACAGUCCAACACUUUUUCUAAAGAAGCUUAUUUGGAUCUUAACUGAUUAGUUUUGUUUUGCAAAAUAAAAUCAUUUCUUGCACAUUCUCCAUAUAGCAAAACAUUUUUUGAACGCAAUACCAUUCAACCAUCCAGCAGAAUCAUGUUCCUUUUUCUACUUGCCUUAAUUCCCUCUGCUGUAAGUCAAGCUGCAACAACUGCCAGUGCCAAUAAGAAUGUAACAGACAGAAGAGAGAUGAGCAGACAGUCAGUCAGCACACCUGUGAGAUCCACUGAUGGCACAUUACCUUCAACAUUCAUUAUGGCAUCAAAAGAUGGAAAAAACAGCUCUGCCCCAAAGCUGAAAAGAAUCUCGAUAUCCUCAGCAACACUUAAAACACUGGGUGACUUCUCUACAGCAACCAAAGAUGCUGCCUCUGUUUCUGCUGGCGUGCCAUUCACAGCGACACCGAGAAGCUCUGCAGUGACAGGGAGCACCCAUGUGACAGCAGCACUCCCCAGUGAUGGCCCUUCCACCAUGCCCUCCUCGCUCCCUGCAUGCACUGCUCUGACGUCCCCCACAACGACGCAGGAUGGUCCUACAUCAAACCUCAACAUCAUUCAGCAGACAGAAGACCUGAAGCAUAGUUCUACCAACACUUCUCCUGUACCGUGUAAGGAAGAAGAUACCAAUAAAGGCAAAACCAACAAAAGAGGAGUAAUAAUUGGUAUCAGUGUAGUAGUUUUGGGAUUUAUAUUAUUUUGUCUGAUGGGACGUUUUCUGUGUAAUACAACAAGUGGUCCAGUUCUCCACUUAGGUAACUCGCUUGGACCAUAUGAAACAAGUUUUGGGACUGCUCCUGAUGCCAUAUGUGGCACGGCAGACAAAGCAGGGUACCCACAUGCGUGCAUCUGUAUGAAUGGCAUGACAUCAUCCCUCCCUGGACUGUAAAGCUUGCUUUGGAUUACGUUCCCACUGUUGUCACAAGAUGCACUGACACACAAGGAGCAGGGCCCAGGACCAGAACGGCAUGCUUCUGCUUUGAAACGAGAUGAUCAAUUUAUAGUUGUCAUGGGAGAGUUUUAGACUUGCUUUCGGAGGAAUAAUACAGAGAAAUAACACACAGGUAAAAUUCCUCCUUGUGUAACUUUGGGCGAGAAUGCAGACAUUGUAACAGCACAAUCUCUGAUGAGGAUUGCAAUAUUAUGUUAGCAUCAGUACAACCUUCUUCCCCUGCACUUUCAUGGCCUUGAGGUUAAACUAUUCCAUCCAAAUAUUACUUCUAUCUGAUUAAUGACUCAGGACGUUAUUUUUCCUACCCUAUCUUUCACAGAGAAACACAAAAAGAAUUAGUUUCACGUGGAUUACCCAGAGGUUGAAGUUUGCUGGGGAGAAUGGUACUACUGAGUAACAUGAACUAAAUUCAUCCUUUGACUGUGAUUACAAUUAAAGGGAAAAACAAAGGACAAGCCUUUAUGCAUCUGUCAAACUGAUUAGUUGCUUGCAUUACAGGAGAGAUCCGUAGAAAUUAUGCAACACGUUUUGUAAAGGUUAGACAGAGGAAAUAAUUGUCUCAAUGUGAAAGAAUUAGCACUGCCAUACGUAUAGAUAUCUCAAAAAGCAUGUGCUGUGUCCAGCUAAUGAGUAAAAAUAUGGCAUAUUUAGAAAGAAAGAAAAUGAAAAAGGCAGAGCUGUGGAGGUAGAAACGUAACAAAAGACAAAACAAAUUGAAUGGAGUGCGCAGAAAAUAGCUACUCAUACGAAUACAUGCUUGAUACUACAAUGUUAGAAUGCCUAAUUUAUUGUGGAGACUGCAAUCACACCGGUGGAACAAUCUCACUAACUCACUGUAAAUGUUGCAAUGUGUGAAUAAAUCAUAAGCAUGCACACACGACAGAGAGAAACAGUGGAUGUCACACUGAAGAAGAACAGGGCACGUAUCUAUUUCAAAGUAGUUGAAAGAGUAUAGAAUUGAAUGCCUAGCGAGCAUUGAUGCCAUUCCUGUAGGGAUCAGUAAUGAAAUCUGCAUGACUCCCAUUUCAGAUAGAACUUGACAGUGUUUCCAGAGUGUUUUCAGACUGAAAAAAUGAAGACACAUUCACUUGCUUGAGAAUACAAAAAAACGCAAUGCUCAGCUUUUAGCUUUACCAGCACAUCUUAUGUGUCCCUUUCUCCUGGCCUCGUCUGAGCCACUGCUCUCUCCACCAGUACAGAACCAUAGCAGCAACUGUGUAUUUUAGCAGUUUAUGCAAUUAAUUAUUAGUAAUUGCAAGGCUAUAACAGGAAGAGUAGGAGCCAAUGGAGAAGUAUCAAGUAUGGCUUGGGUUGGAAGGGAACCCAAGGAUACCCAUCAAUUGUGCUAAUUUUUAAUCUAGUCAUGACUUCUGCGUGCAUGUGCAUAAGGUUUGUGCUAUUCUGGUACAUCUUUCAGGUUUGUAUAUUGUUUUUCAGCUCUUACCAGGCCAGCUUUUGAAAUUUGUAACAUGUUCACCCUUGACUGUAAACAGAAUGAUCAUUAUCUUAUGAUAUUAUCUUACAUUAUUAUUAUUACA